AUGUCUUCCGAAAACCCCUCCACUCUCAAGUCCUAUGUCGACUCUGCCACUGGCCUCGCCCAGCGCGCCGUGGGCACCGUGACCGGCAACUCCUCCACCAAGGCCGAAGGCGAAGAAACCAAAGCCCAAGCCGCCCAGGAGCACGAAGCCAGCCACACAACCGCCAAAGUAGGCUCCGUGACAGCCGACCCCAACACUGGUGCGACUGCCACGGACAACCCGAAGCGCAACAACGGCACCUGGGACCAGACCGUCGGGUCGGCGAAGGAGUCGCUCGGCAACCUGACCGGCUACGAGGGUCUGCGACGCGAGGGCGUGGAGCAGAACUCGCGCGGCAAGGCCGCUGAAGCCGAGGGCCAGCUGAAGGACUGGGGCGAGGGCAUGAAGGAUCGCGCGCAGGGCGGCCUCGGCAAGGUUGCUGCUGCUGCGAAGGGCGAUCGUACGGAGGAGCAGAAGUGGGAGGCGAUGCAUGACCAGGGCAAGGUGCAGCAGCGAGGCGCGGAGGCUGAUAUGGAGAGACGGGCUUCUUAA